AACCCCGGUGCGGAGUUUUCAUGUCACGGCAGGACUUUGCUUCGAAGGGUCAUGAUGACAUACGUGCUCCGACGUGCAAACACAGCUCUUGACUUUCGGGGAGUCGUCAGACAAGCAGAACCUGCGUACGUUCAGCAGACAGGCGUGUUGGUGAAGCUAGCACCGGAACAAACGUUAAACUGAACGCCUUUCAUUGCUAACCGGGCUGUUCUCUGACAGCCGAGCCGCUCACGGGAAUGGAAAAGGCCAAACAAGAGGCUUUUGACAAUGCCAGACUCCAAGUGAUCAAAGAUGGCUACGAGAGAGCCUUCGAGUGCCUCAACGAAGGACUGUCGGCGGACGAGGCCGGGGAGAAGUCCCGGGCCCUGGGGCUCUACAAACGAGGCCGCCAGCAUCUUCUCAGGGGCAUCAGCGUGCCCUCCGGGGGGGAGGAGUGCGUCGGCGGCUCCUGGGACUCGGCCCGUCAGAUGCAGCAGAAGAUGCAGGAGACGCUGAACAACAUCACCACCCGCCUCGCCGUGCUGGAGACCAGCUCUGACCUCGCGUCGGCGCCCCCGCAGGGUCCCGCGUCCGCUGGGGAUCUCUACCCGAAGCUCGUCGACGCCAAAGAGAGGCCCCAAAGGCCGAGCCUGGCCCCCAGCCGCGGCCCGGGGGCCCCCGCCGAGCGCCCGCCGGCCUACUCCCCGCAGGCGGCCGACGGCCACGUCUCCAUCUCCUACGGGACGGAGUCGGGGGAGAUGUCGCUGGUCGGGGACGACUUCUACAGCCGUACGUCCACCUCAUCGUCGGCCCCCGAGAGCGUGGGCGAAGACGGAGAGGAGCUGCUGUACAUCCCUCAAGGCGUCCAGAUAUUCUUCGUCACGCCCGAAGGCCAAGUGAGCGCUCCGUCGUACCCGGGCUACCUGCGGCUGGUGAGGUUCACCGGCGAGCUCUCUGACAGGACGCCCAGCAGACCGCCGGCAUUCCUGCAGGUGUGUGACUGGAUCUACCCGCUCAUGUCUGUGGACUCUCCGGUGCUCCUGUGCAACACCGGGGUUUUCAUGUUCCCCGACAUGAUGGCGCCCGCUCCGGGUUACUACGUGGGGGUGGUGUUGUCCGCGGAGCUCCCUGCGGCGGACCGAGACUUGUUCAAGGACCUGCUUUCCCAGAUGACAGAUCUCAGGGUUCAGCCCCCAGAUGAAGCUGCAGAUUCAGUCAACCUCAGUCAGAAGGUGUCCAUACCCGCACCGGAGGACGCCACACCCGCCGGGGACGAGACCGAGGAGGGGAAGGCUUUGCCCGAAUGGAGCGAAAAGGUGGCAAGCGGCAUCUUAACCGGCGCCUCCUGGUUAAGCUGGGGCUUGGUCAAAGGCGCCGAGUACACGGGCAAGGCCAUUCAGAAAGGGGCGUCCAAACUCAGGGAACACAUCACUCCGGAGGACAAGCCCACCGACGUCAGCACCACCGUGACCAAAAGCCUCCACGUGGCCAAGCAGGCAACAGGAGGAGCCGUCAAAGUCAGCCAGUUCCUCGUGGACGGGGUGUGUACUGUGGCUGGGUGCGUCGGGCGCGAGUUGGCUCCUCAUGUGAAAAAACACGGAGGAAAGCUGAUUCCUGAGUCCAUGAAGAAGGAUAAGGACGGGCGGUCCAACAUCGAUGGGGCGAUGGUGGUGGCUGCCAGUGGAGUACAAGGAUUCGCGACUGUGUGGAAUGGUCUGGAAUCGGCCGCCAAGGACAUCACCACGAAUGUUGCAGCAGAAACGGUCACCACCAUAAAACACAAGUACGGCAGCGCGGCAGGACAAGCCACGGACAACGCUGUCCACUCUGCCAUUAAUGUCGGCAUUACUGCCUUCAACAUCGACAACCUGGGGAUCAAAGCUAUGGUUAAAAGAACUGGGAAGCAAACGGCGCAGGCCAUUUUGGAGGACUACAAGCUUCAGGAGAAGCCACAGAACGGGAAGGAAGUGGAGAAACUGACGAAGUAGCCGCUGGUAUCCUGCCUCGCUUUCUCGACUAUGCCUUAAAACUUUUACUAAUCAGAGAAGUCUAUAUUUAAUAUAAUUUAAAUGAACAGGCUCUAUAUUUUCUAGGUAGCUACUGUGAUAUGCAUAUUCUCCAGACUGGUAUAGCUCUCAAGCACUUUAACGUUUUUGUAAUAUACAGGAGAUGGAAGAGACCUAAGCACAUUGAUAGACUGAGGAUCAUUUAAUUUUAUGGCAACGGUUUACAAAUCGAGUAGAUAUUUAAAAACUUCAAAUAGUUUUGUGGUAUCAGAUUGAACCAAUGAAAAUAAAACUUUAAUUUUGUUUCCUUUCAGUGAUCAUCUACAGUGUUUUUGUCUGUGAAGUUUAACAUUUGAUCUCUUAGUGUGCCUAUAAACUAUAUUUAAAACAAUCUAACAUGCUGGACAAACUGGAGCUGUAAAGUCGCUCUGCACUCAUUUGUCUAUUUGUCAACGUUCCAUAAAAAGCAUUCCUGCAGUAUACUACAGAGAUUAAAAUAUCGCCUCACUGAAAAGUAUGAAAAGUCCAAAUCCAAAAACGUUUAAAUGUUAUAUUUGUAUUAACCUACAAGCUGUACUACUGCCUUUUGUUGUGCAAUUUAUCUGCAGAAGCAUCUUGAAAAUGUUACUGCUUUAUAUGGUAGUCAAGGUUUGUGUGUGAGGUGAACAAAGAAAAUAAAUGAAGGAAAUGAA